AGACCAAGUAUUAGUAUUCGACGAAACCGUAAGAAGAGGACGAUCAAAAAAGCUGGACUCUCUUUGGAUAGGACCUUAUGAUAUAAUAAAAACGCAUUUGAAUGAAAACUACACAAUAAAAAGAGGACGAAGAACAAUACGCGUCCACGCAAAUAGAUUAAAAUUAUAUAUAGAACAAUAGAAGGUAAUUACCUGAAAUCUAUCCAACGUGGAAGGCCCUCGAGUAGAAAAAGGGUAAGUCCUCAAAGGUAUCCCUCUACCACGUCCUACGGGCGGCAAAAACGACUCCACGAAAGAUUCACGUCCUGCAGUAAUAGUCGAAGACCCACACUCCCUGGGUUGGUUUACACUUCGACCACGACCGACAGGCGGAAAAACUUCCGGCCUGCCGGGAAUGGAGAUUAUCUCCAUCGGAGAAAAGUCGAGUAAUAAGUAUUUAUGGGCGGAACCAUAAAUGCGGACCCCACAACUAGCACAUCUAUACUAUAAAAGCACCACACACAUAAUUAAAUAUAUAUAUAUAUAUAUAUAUUCUCACAUUAACACAAACAAUAUAAAAUAAAAAUAACAUUACCACGGGGCAAGUAAUAACACAUUCGUGACACAACGACAUAUUAUUUCUUUUCUUUAACGAGUCCGUACAAGGUAACGAAUGGAAAGAAACUAAAAAUAUACGCAUUCAAAAGAAAACAUUUCUGCUACGUAAAGCAAAGCAUCAGAUUGCUAAAAGCAACACCCACGAUCUAAUUACAGAACGCUCAUCCUGAUAAAGAGCAUCGGGUUCAUGGCGAAUGAUACACAAGAAAAAGCGCCGUACGAAAUCCAAAAGUUUACACAUACACCGGGCAUAUAUUUCGACAAACAAGGUCAGUUAUACCAAAUCACGUCUACCUGGAAAAUAGUUAUAAAAGUAAAUUUAAAAACAUUAGACUUGCGACGAGACCAGUUAGAGGAAUACCUCGAAAAUACGAAAAAAAUUUGUGAUGUACAAGGAUUCACAUCAAAUACUGGAAAGACCUGUAAUAAUUUGUACGAUAUAGUAAAAACACGACUGAAUCGAACACGACUAAUACUGAACCGAAUUUACGAAAUACACUCAAUAAUACCAAAUCGCCGACGCGGCUUAAUAGACGGAAUAGGUAUGAUAGCCAAAUCUCUUUUCGGUACAAUGGACGCAAACGAUGAAAAAAUCAUAAACGAACAACUUCAACUAUUAGAAAACAAACAAGAAACAUUAAAGCAUGUAACAACAAAUCAAUUAAAAAUACUAAAUGCAACAAUAGGACAUUUAGAAGAAUUAGAGAAAACCAUACAAAAGAAUGAAAAAACAAUAUGGGACCGAUUGACACAAGUAAGCGACUUACAAACACGACUUGUUUCACAACAAUAUUUAGACGAACACUUUACAUUACUUGACGCAGCUUUGAAUAACUUGGUACAAGACCAAAACGAUAUUAUAACAUAUUUGAAUAAUAUUAAACAGGGAUACUUACCUAUACAAAUAACACCUAUUGAUAAUAUCAUUUCACAAAUAAAAGAAGCGGCAAUUCGAGUACCGCAGAACUCACAUUUUCCGUUUAGAAUCUCAACGAAAAACUGGCUAGAAAUUGAAAAAUUUAUAACAUUAAGUGCAUAUUAUCAAAAAGGAAAUAUUUUUACAAUAUUAAAUAUACCAUUAAUAACAUAUCCUACUUACGAUAUAAUAAACGUUCUUCCAUUACCAGUACACACGAAAAACGACACAUUUGCAUGGACCGAAAUCACUUAUAACAAAAUUGCGAUUAAUAAGGAAACGAAUUCAUACUUAAUUAUAAGAGAUAACGACUUACAAAAUUGUAAGAAAAUAAGCGAUCAUUAUAUUUGUGGACAGGGGAAUCCGAUAUAUAAAAUUCAAGCGGACUCACCAUGCGAAGUCCAUCUAUACGUAACUUUAGAAAAAACGGUGAAAUGUAAUACAAAAUAUAUUCUUGCUAACCACACAGUAGUGAUCGCAUUGAAGGAAAAAAAUGCAUGGUUAUAUUCUACCCGGAAUGAACAAAAUAUAUAUAUCCAAUGUAAAGAAUAGAAGAUAAAACAAUAGAAACAUACAUACCGGAAUAUAACAUAACCAUCGCAAAAGAACAAAUAGAAACUAGAAAUAAUAUCAUACCGCGAUUAAAAAUUAAAAAAAUUAUUCAAAAUCCAACAGAAUUAACGGAUUUAAGUAAAGAAUUGACACAAACGCAAAAAGAAUUAGAAAAUUCUGAUACAUUUAGAAAUUAUAAACAAUUAGUUUAUACUACCGCACCUAGUGGCAUAGUAAUUAUAAUUAUAAUAAUAAUAGUAAUAUUUUUAUUAAGAAAAAUAAAGAACUUAAGACACUUCGAUGUACGACAGAUUCUCGAACAAAAAACAAAAAUAUCUCAACAAAGAUCGUCAUUAUCCACUAUAGAAAGCGAAAUGAGUGAAAUCUCGCCCAGAUUAUCAUCACACUGUAAACCAUCGAUACCUACCAUACCCUCACUAAUACGUAGACAUAGUAUAGAACAAUUAUAAAAUUAAGAAAACGAUUAUAAUAAAAAAUUGUACACGG